AUGAGAUUACCCGAAACAGAUGAAGAUAAAAUCUUAAACUUUAAAAAUUAUAAGUACAAAGAUCCAGUUCCAUUCAUCAUAUAUGCAGAUUUCGAAUGCAUUCUUACUAGUGAAUCUGAUAAGAUUGAAAAACAUAUACCACAUAGUGCAGCAUAUUAUAUACAUUGUAAUUAUGAUAAUUCUCUUUCAAAAUUCGAGUUUAAUCGUUCAUCCGACUGUGUAAACUGGCUUGUUGGUAAAUUAGAAUCUUUGGGUCAACAAGUAAAUAAAUUUUAUAAAAAUAUUAUAAAAAUGAAGCAGCUUACUCCAGAGGAGGAGAAUUAUCAUAAAACUGCUGAAAAUUGUCAUAUAUGUGGAAAAAAUUUUAAAUCUAAAGAUGAAAUAAGGUGUAGAGAUCAUAAUCACUUGACGGGUAAUUAUAGGGGUCCCAGUCAUCAGACUUGUAACCUAAACUACAAACAGUCAUUUACGAUCCCUGUAGUGUUUCAUAACUUGUCUGGGUAUGAUGCUCAUUUUAUUAUAAGCUCAUUAGCGACUGGGUUUAAAGGGGAUUUAAAUAUUUUACCUGUGAACAAAGAGAGGUAUAUAUCAUUCACUAAAGCUAUUGCAGGCACAUCGGUUUCACUCCGCUUCAUUGACUCAUUUCGUUUCAUGGCAUCGAGCAUAGAAAAAUUAGCCGGCAACCUUACCGACAAUGAUAAAAAAAUAACUAAAAAGUAUUAUCCUAAUUUUGAAGAGUUCAAAUUAGUUACUCGUAAAGGAGUAUUUCCCUAUGAGUUCAUUGACUCAAUAGAUAAACUUAACUAUAAUCAUUUACCAGAAAAAAAGUUAUUCUACUCUAAACUUAAUGAUGAUGAUAUAUCCAAUGAGGAUUAUCAACACGCAAAAAAUGUAUGGAGUAAGUUUAAUAUAAAAACUCUGGGCGAAUAUUCAGAUUUAUAUUUAAAGACUGAUGUAUUAUUACUCGCGGAUAUUUUUGAAAAUUUCCGUUUUAAUUGUUAUAAAACUUAUGAAUUAGAUCCUGCACACUACUGUACAGUUCCAGGAUUAGCUUUUGACGCUAUGCUUAAGCAUACAAAUGUUAAACUAGAUUUAUUGGAUGACCCUGAAAUCAUACUCUUUUUUGAAAAGGGGAUUCGAGGUGGUGUUUCACAAUGUACAAAUACAUAUGCUAAAGCUAAUAAUAAGUUCAUGGGUGAAAAUUUUAAUAAAAAUGAAGCAGAAUCUUACAUCAUGUAUUAUGAUGUUAAUAAUCUUUAUGGAGCUGCAAUGUGCUCAUCUUUACCUUAUGGAUCAUUUGAGUGGGUUGAAGAUCAUGAAUUUGCUGAUGUUAAUACUGUAAAUAAAUUUAUCAAUAGUAAUGAUAAUGAGGUAGGAUAUAUUUUAGAAGUUGACUUAGAUUACCCACUCGAACUUCAUGAUCCUCAUAAAGACUUACCUUUGUGUCCUGAACAUUUCAUCCCACCAAGAAGCAAGCAAUCUAAAUUAGCUACAACACUUUACUCAAAGAAAAAAUAUGUGAUUCAUUAUGAGAAUUUGAGACAAAGUCUUGAGCUAGGUUUGAAGCUUGUAAAAAUCCAUCGAGUUCUACGAUUUAAACAAUCAGCAUGGCUCAAACCAUACAUUGAAAAAAAUACUGACUGUCGUAAAUUAGCUAAGAAUGAUUUCGAAAAGGAUUUUUACAAGCUUAUGAAUAAUGCUGUUUUUGGUAAGACAAUGGAAAAUGUUAGGAAACAUAAAGAUGUUAAGAUGAUAAAUACUGAUAGUUUAAUAUAUCAAUUCAAUGUACCUAAUAUAUAUGAACAUAUCAAGCAGGACAUAGAUCGAUUCGAUACAUCAGACUAUCCUCGGGAUAAUAUUUACAAUAUCCCAUUAAAAAAUAAAAAAGUAUUAGGUCUCAUGAAAGAUGAGAAUAAUGGUAAAAUUAUGACUGAGUUUGUUGGCUUAAGAGCGAAGCUCUAUGCUUAUAAAGUUCCUAAUGCUUCUAAACCCGCAGAUAGAAUUAAGAAGAGAGCAAAAGGUGUUAAAGGUUCAGUUGUACGGAAAAUUGAGUUUGAUGAUUAUAAAGAGUGUCUAAUGAAUCAUAUUAACAUUAGACGAUAUCAAUAUAUUAUUAAAAGUAGCAAACAUGAAGUGCGUACAAUUAAGUAA